GAAAGACGCUUCUAAUUUCUCUUUUAUAAGUUAAAAAUUUUCCGCAUUUGAUUUCACUGCUAAACGUCAGAAAUGUCUGAUGGUUUGCCCUCUGGCUCAUCUGCGGCCAAUCGCUCUGCCAAGAAGCGUAAACUGAAUAGGGGAAAGGCUAAAAAGCCAACUAAAUGGACGCACAAUGUCGAACAAAUAUUGGCCAAACGCUACGCGGAUGGGCGACCGCAACUAUUGUUAAAAUGGGUCGGUUAUCCAUUACAGCAAAGCACCUGGGAGCCCAUUGAGAACUUGAGCGGUGAUUGUCUGUCAAUGCUGGCGGACUUCGAGGCAGCUGAAUUUGCAAAGUUAAACGCUCAAACUCGAGGGUCCGACCGACGUCAAAGUGUUUUUGACUCAUCCCCACUGAAGCAAGAAAUGGAAUAUAAAAAGACACAGAAGCCUCAGCAGCGAAAGAAGCCAAAGAAGCAGCAGCCAAAUCAGAAGUUUGAACCAAUGAACCAAAUAGAUCUGUCUUCAGAUUUAUGUCAGGAUCUUAUGGUCAGUAGCGACAGCAGCGACUGCGCCGGCAAUGACAGCGAUAAGGAAAGUGUCAGUGGCAGCAGUAGUAGCAGCAGCAGCAGCAGCAGUAACAGCAGCGGUAGCGACAGUGACAGCGACGGUGCAAAGCGUCGGAAGCCAAAUCCAAAAUCUAAGCCUACGUCGUCUAGUGCAUUUCUUAGCGAUCUGAAUUUGCCACCCAAACCUAAUCUAAGCAGCGAUGGUGAUUCUGAUGAUAACGCCACAUCACUGCCGAAACCAGUGCCAUCAGCGGCUCCAAAGAUGCUGCCAAUGGCAGCAGCGGCUCCAAUGAUGCCGCCAGUGGCACCAGUGGCUCCAAGGAUGCCGUCAGUGGCACCAGCAGCUCCAAAGAUGCCGCCAGUAACAUCAGCGGCUCCAAAGAUGCCACCAGCGGGCUUAAAGAUGCCACCAGCUGCUCCAAAGAUGCCACCAGCACCUCCAAAUAGGCCACUAGCGGCUUCAAGGAAGAAACCAGAGGCGUCAAAGAAGCCAAAGAUAAGGCCAGUGUCAAUGCCUUUACUUACACAGCCGUCACUAGCUGCACAUAAGCCACCACUAUCGUCUCUUGCUCCACCUGCACGUGCAGCAACUCCACCACUUGCAAGAAUUGCAUCACUUAAACCAGCUGCAACAAUUGUGCCACGUCCAUCACUUAAGCCAUUGGACCCAUCAGUACCACUAUCGCAAUUUGAACCACUUGACCUGUCCCAAUCAGAACAACCUGUUAAAACUAAUGAUAAAAAUAUUGCUUCGAAAAAUAUUUAUAAGCGAAGCUCCGUCAUGAAUCUAAAUCCUCCCGAUUCUGUGAAAAUCUCAAAGGUGGAACCCAUGUCGACAGCCAGUCUCGAUGUGCAGGAUUUAUCCAAAAGCUCGUGUUAUAUGAAGGAGAACAAUGAGCAUGCAAGCGAUAAUUUACAUAAAUCAUCCCAGAAGCCUGGAGCUUCAGAUGAGGACAGCAGCAAGCGCAAGAAAAAGUCGCAAAGUCAACCGAAAUCAUCGAAGAAAAGUCACUCUGAUGCGCUGCCGCUGACUAUGGAUACAUCUCCAAAAAAGAGUUCUAAUUCUAACAAACCUAAGGCCAUGACAGUUGAGCAUACACAAGACAUACCAGCUCCAUUACCAAACCUGUCCGAAGCACCGGAGGACAGCACAAGUGCCGACAGCAGCAGCAACGCUGCCCCUGCUCAAACCGAAUGCGAUUAUCGACUCCACGAAAUGGGCAGGUGGGAUGAUGCACUAAACGUACAAGCUCGCGUCCAGGGCUUCCAACGUGGACUGACAAUGGAGAAAGUCCUUAAGGUGUUCAAGAUGCGAGGCGAAACCUAUCUGGUGGUCAAGUGGAAAACAGUCACAACACCCGAUGCUGUGUCACUCUGUUCUGUCAUUGACAAGUAUCCGCACUUAGUUAUAGAGUACUUUGAGCAACUCCAGUUGCGCUGUCCCUCAGAUACUUAAUACAUAUUAGCUCUAUUGGCGAUAGUCUCAGAUCUUUAUGCAGCAUGUAGAGUUCCAAUUGGCAAGUUCGAUGCCUUUCAGAUUAAUGUUGUUGCUGCACUUAGUCGUCAAUUGGCAAA